UCUAGUUUCUGAACGGUGAGUGGUAAGUGCGUACAACAUCUGCGCAACUCCUUUUCCUGUCACGGCAGUGUAAAGAAGCAACUGAAAGAAACACGUCCAGGGUAGUUUAAUUAGAAUUAGUCCAAGCGAAAAAGAAUUCGUAGAAAACAGUACACUCUGGGGGAAAAGGAUGGCUACUGAUUCAUGGGCCCUGGCUGUGGAUGAACAAGAAGCUGCCGCCGAAUCGCUUGGCGGUCUGCACAUCAAAGAAAAAGAAGAGAAGCCAAAAGCUGAAGCCAAUGGGACUGCAAAUGCAAAGACAGAGGAAGAUGGUGAAAAGCCGGAUGAAGAAGACAAAGACGACAAAGAGGACAAAGCAGCACAGUCGCUUCUGAAUAAGCUGAUACGCAGCAACCUCGUUAACACGACCAAUCAGGUGGAGGUUCUACAGAGGGACCCCAACUCACCGCUGUACUCCGUCAAGUCUUUCGAGGAGCUGAGACUGAAACCACCGCUACUUCAGGGGGUGUACGCCAUGGGCUUCAACAGACCCUCCAAAAUCCAGGAGAAUGCCUUACCCAUGAUGCUCGCUGAGCCGCCGCAGAACCUGAUCGCCCAAUCGCAGUCCGGCACAGGCAAGACAGCCGCCUUCGUGCUGGCCAUGCUCAGCCACGUGGACCCCGCCCACAAGUGGCCUCAGUGCCUGUGCGUUUCCCCCACGUACGAGCUGGCCUUGCAGACUGGAAAAGUCAUCGAGCAGAUGGGCAAGUUUUACCCCGAAGUCAAACUGGCAUACGCCAUCCGAGGAAACAAACUGGAGCGGGGGAUGAAGAUUCAGGAGCAGAUUGUCAUCGGAACCCCCGGCACCGUGCUGGAUUGGUGCGCCAAACUGAAGUUCAUCGACCCUAAAAAGAUCAUGGUGUUCGUUCUCGACGAGGCCGACGUGAUGAUCGCCACCCAGGGUCACCAGGACCAGAGUAUCCGCAUACAGAGAAUGCUGCCCAAGGAGUGUCAGAUGCUGCUGUUCUCAGCCACGUUCGAGGACUCUGUGUGGCGUUUCGCCCAGAGGAUCGUGCCCGACCCAAACAUCAUCAAGCUGAAGAGGGAGGAGGAGACUCUGGACACCAUCAAGCAGUACUAUGUGCUCUGCAACAGCAAGGAGGAGAAGUUCGCCGCACUCUGCAACAUCUACGGAGCAAUCACCAUCGCCCAGGCCAUGAUCUUCUGCCACACUCGGAAGACCGCCGGCUGGCUUGCCGGGGAGCUGUCCAGAGAGGGCCACCAGGUGGCGCUGCUGAGCGGGGAGAUGAUGGUGGAGCAGAGAGCCGCGGUCAUCGAUCGCUUCCGAGACGGAAAGGAGAAAGUGCUCGUCACCACCAACGUGUGCGCUAGAGGGAUUGAUGUGGAGCAGGUUUCCGUGGUGAUAAACUUCGACCUGCCCGUGGACAAGGAUGGGCAGCCCGACAACGAGACCUACCUUCACCGGAUCGGCCGCACGGGGCGCUUCGGCAAGAGGGGCCUCGCCGUCAACAUGGUGGACAGCAAACACAGUAUGAACAUCCUCAACCGGAUCCAGGAUCAUUUUAACAAGAGAAUUGAGAAGCUGGACACAGACGACCUUGAUGAAAUUGAGAAGAUCGCCAACUGAUGAGACCCUUGCCGUUUUUGUCCCACCAAUGGGAAUCCAUUUCUGUGGAUAUCGGACUUACCUCAUAUCAAAUUUUUGCAGUUGGACAAAGUAACUGUAGGGAUUUCUUUUAUUUUGGAAACGACAAAAAAAAAAAAAUACAAGCAGAAGAAAUGUUUACAUGGUGACAAUAAAAAUUAGGUCUUAGCCUAGCCUUAAAAGGAAAGUUUUAAAAUUCAGGUCAGUAACGAAAUGCCAAAUAGAUUAAAUUCUGAGUGAGCAAGACAUUUUGGAUUAGGUUUGCUUUUUGGUUUUCUUAUUUCCUUUGUUUUUAAUUGAGUGGCCACAGAUUCUGAAAGCUCAACUCCCAUGUUUGUGUAGUCUCAGUUAAUUGAUAGCCUCUCAUGGGACAUGUGUAGGUACACAAAGCAGUUUUACGCAGUGGUAUCUCGACAAAAUUUGCAGUGAAGACAGAUAUAUAAAUUCACUUGCUGCCGUUUCGAUUUUGAAAUCACAGGAAAUAAAAAAAUAAAAAAUGUCCUUGAAAUAAUUAGGAACAUAAGAGGAAAUGUGUGUGAAAAUAAGGUGAAAGAACUGAAAAUAAACACACAGGGCAGAAUGUUUUCUAAAAUGUAGACUCAGUCUUUCACACCCGCAUUAUUUUGAAGGACAACCAUUCAUUCAAUACUUUUCAAUAGGAGAUAAUGUGCAUAAGCCCGAAAUGCAAGGGGGAGGCUUGACUGGAUGGAAUGAGAUUCUCUGUAGUGCGCGACUGCGGAAGGCGAGUGAGUGCUUCAAUAAACUAAAACAUUGUGCAGUUUCUGAGUUUGAUUAGGUCUCAUCAACCUUCCCCUCCGGUUGAUGUUUGGUCUACAACAGCAGUCAAACAAAACUAAUCUGUGGAUCCCACCACUAGCUUUGUCAGAUUAAUAAAAGUGAUUAGGUGGUCUUGCAUAGUGAAUUCAUAUUUGCACAUCAGAACACUGGCACACCAGUUGGAAACAAACUAUGCAGUUCUCAAAAGCAACCAAUCCUAUAAGUAAAGAGGAUGUGACCAUGGUUUUAAUACUGUACCACAAAAUUAACAUUCCUGUAACAUCAUUUUGUAGGCGAAGAUCAUAUUUAAUCCCAAAUCCCAAAAUCUGGGUGAUUUUCUUUCCGAACCGUAGAAAAUCAUAGUGAAGUGUAUCUCUGUGGAGCAUCUUGCAUCUUCAUACAUGGUGGCUGGGUUCUGAUGUGGCUAACAUGAACACAGGUGUUAUUUUGAAGGGAGAGCCAUUUUGUGGAUUUGUGAACUCUAUAUCUGUGGUGAUUAAAAUGGGGAUAAGAUUGGGUGUCCUAACCUUUCACAAAGACAUUAAAGAGGGGCUCCACCAAUCACAGAGUAUUGAACAAUGUUGACCUUUUGGCUAUACUUUAUGGUAACGACCACAGGGUGCUCUGAAGUAUUUUCUUUAUUUUAUUUUCUCCAACGUGCGCAGUGAUUGGAACUCCUUUUUCCUGUGUGUAAGUUGGCAACCAUUAUAUCUCCAUUUUAUUAUCUCUUCUCAAACAAUGGCUUCAAAUUGACAGAAUAUUGUCAGUUCUAUUAAUAACAGGAUUGUAUUUCUUAACAUUGGCUUACAAAUUCUGUUCAAAGACAGGAAGAUGGACACUUUUACCAAGUAAAAAUAGGAGUACUUAAAAUGUACAGUAUGGGAAGUGUACCUAAAAUGUUAGGACAGACUGCGCCCUAUUUCAGUGAUUUGGAAAAAAUGCUUUACAGAACAGCAAUUCGUAUUGCAAUUUUCUUUUGUACUGAGGUGUGUAUGCAUUUUAUUUGGUCUGUAAUUGGAUACCUACUGUAUUUAUCUGCAGAUGUUACGGAGAGAAUGUGAGUGAAAUUGGUUGUUUUAAAAGUCUAGCAUUAUCAUAACUAUGAAACCAGUAAACCGCAGUACUUUUCACCUAUACUUGCUGCCUUUAUGGUUUUAUGGUUAUUUCUAAAUUAUAUUUGUUGUAAUAAAGAAUGCCUACUUACAGAC